AUGAUGCAAUUGGACUACAGUGAACUUCACUACACCCAAAGCAUCCCAGGAACUGAAAGAAGUGAGUCCGUGGAAGACAAACGUUUCCACGACACUCUCACCGCUAACAUCCACAAAAAUGAAAAGGGAAAUUGGGAGAUGCCCCUACCGUUCAAAACCAGUGAUGUGACAUUGCCUAACAAUCGUGAUCAAUGUCUGAAAAGACUACUCGGGAUUAAGCGGAAACUCCUUAAAAAUAACAAGACUCUAAAACACUACACUGAGUUCAUGCAAAAGAUUUUUCACAAGAAUCACGCCAGUCCCGUCCCAUCAGAGGAGUUGAAGACCAGUGCUGGCAAAGUCUGGUACCUGCCCCAUUUUGACAUCUAUCACCCCAAGAAACAAGACCAGAUUCGAGUAGUCUUUGAUUGCAGUGCUGUUUUCCAAGAUCAGUCACUCAACAAAUACCUCUUACAAGGGCCUGACAUCUUGAAUAGUCUCGUUGGGGUACUCUCAAGAUUUCAAAAAGAAGAAACAGCAGUAACAUGCGACAUCGAACAGAUGUUUCAUAGUUUUUACGUAAACUCAGAACACAGAGACUUUCUAAGAUUUCUGUGGUUUAAAGAUAAUGAUCUAAAUGGUCAAAUUCGCGAAUAUCGAAUGAACGUCCAUCUGUUCGGUGCUGUCUCUUCACCCGGCGUUGUCAAUUUCAGUCUUAGAGCCACAGCCGAAGCUGGUCGAAAGCAAUUUGGGAAAACAGCAGCAGAUUUUCUACAACAAGACUUCUACGUUGAUGACGGAUUAAAGUCCUUCGCUACACCCAAAGAUGCUAUUGAUGUCAUCAACAAGACGAAGAUCGUGUGUUCAGCCGCCUUUUUACGCGUACACAAAUUUGCUAGCAACAGUAAGGCUGUACUGGAUGCCUUGCCUGCUGAAGAUCGCGCCAAAGACUUGAAGGAUCUAGAUCUCCGCCACGAUGUCCUACCUGUCCAGCGCUCUCUAGGUACUUACUGGUGCAUCGAAACUGAUACCAUUGGAUUCCAUAUAGAGCUUAAAGAUAAACCUCUUACCCAGAAGGGAAUUCUUUCAACCGUGAGCUCAGUGUAUGACCCACUAGGCAUAGUAGCACCAGUUAUCUUAGUGGGAAAACAACUACUUCAAGAACUAUGCCAUGACGGCAUCGAAUGGGAUGAUCCUGUACCGAGCCACAUUCACUCACAGUGGGAAAAAUGGAGAUCGGAACUCCCCCUCCUUGAGAAAGUUACGAUUGCAAGGUGUGUCAAGCCCCCCAGUUUUGGUGAGCCAGUUAUAACCGAGCUACAUAGUUUCUCUGAUGCUAGCGACCUAGGCCUUGGCCAAGUAACCUACCUACGACUUGUGAACAACUCAAAUCAAAUACAUGUCCGUUUCUUGAUGGGUAAGGCUUGA